AUGAAUGAUAAUAAUGACUGGUUAGAUGAAUCAGAUUUGGUUUAUGGAGAAAAUGGAGGGAAUCUUUCUGAAUCUCAAGAGUUAAGGAAACUAAAGCGUAUUCAUUGGAAAAGGGGAUAUCGUGAUGGUGUCUCUUCAGCAAAAGAAGAAGCAUUACAACAAGGAUUUGAUGAAAAGUUUCCCGAUGGUUGCAAGUCAGGGUUCCAAGUAGGUGAAAUAAUUGGUCGUAUGCAAGUUCUAAAUUCUCUAUUUGGAGACGAAGACGAAGAUCUGAGACAAGAUUUCCACUUAGCAUUGAGGGAACUUAGAAUAUCUAAUGUUCUUACACGGUCUAAUUUUGAUAAUGAGAUGAACAUACUAGGUUCCAAGCCGGCAGUAAUUUCAAAAUGGGAUUCGAUUUUAGUGAAGUACUCUGAGAAAUACUGUGUCUGA